AUGCACCAUGGCUACUUUCUUAUUCAAUUUGACCUUGAGGAUGAUAGAGAGAAAGCUAUGGUUGGGGCACCAUGGAUGAUCUAUGAUCAUUAUCUUGCGGUUAAGCCUUGGACGCCAGACUUUGUCGAUGCGAAUUCUACAAUAAGCACCACUGCAGUUUGGAUUCGUAUCCCAGGCCUUGGGUUCCAAUUUUAUGAUGAAAGUAUUCUUCUGACUCUAGCCUCCGCCGUGGGGACGCCGAUCAAAGUCGACAUGAAUACGACAGAUACGCGAAGGGGAAAGUAUGCAAGGGUGUGUGUUGAAAUUAACCUGAACCAGCCAGUACUGGGAAGGGCUGGGCUCCGGGGUGUAUGGUACAAUAUCGAAUAUGAAGGGAUGCACUUGUUAUGCUCGAACUGCGGAUGCUAUGGUCAUCUUGCAAGCAACUGCCAGAGGACACCGGUGCCAAAACCAACGUCUCAACCAGCCCCAGCGACGACGGCUUCCAUGGGGACUCCUACGGCGGCGGCGGCUGAACCUAGCCAGGAAACCCUAGGAACGGAGACUCAGAUGGCAGAGAACGUUAUUGCAGGCGAGAAAUCCGCGAAUAUUGAUUGCCCGGAUGCUGCUCACGGUGAUUGGAUGACAGUCACGAGAAAAGGGUGGAAGAAUUUAAACGCUUCAACCAAGAAGCAAUCAACGCAAAAUCAGAAGCAGUCUCGCGCGUCUUCAGGAGAGAAAAAUGAGCAGAAUCAGGUGGAUAGUAAUGGAGAAAAGAACAGUAUCACAAGUGGGGCCCUAGUAUUCGAAUGA